AAUUUCACCGCUCACACAAAUAGCAAACCCCAUGAGACCAUUCUUCUUGUUCUCCAGAAAACUUCAGGUAUAAAUUUCCCUCACUUCACGUCAAUCUCUCUCUACCUCCCACGGCUCUAUAACUGUAAGUUCCAAGCAAUUACCAAUCAUUCCGAUGUCACAAGUUACAGAAUAUCAAAAUAGAUUUUUCACAUCGUUCAUUUCCAUAUAUUAUUGUUUCUGAUUAUUUUCUACGCAUAAUUGCUCCCAUGGCAAUGAAACCCUGUUGUAGAAUCCUCUUCCACGGCCGGAGCCCGGCUUUUUUCGGCUUCCCGUCCCCAAAAUGCCACUACCCUCUUACCAAUAGCCAAUCUAAUUUUGGGUUCAACCAUGCUCAUAACCGUAAAUUUUAUAGCAACCCACCUCGAAUAUUGGGUUUCGGAGGCAUGAGCGAUCGAGCCCGGAAACCAUUUUGUGCCUCUAGUUUGAAUUGGGGCCAAUCUAGGGUUUUGUAUAGUACUUGUAAUGGUGGUGUAGAUAGGGGUGUACAUGUGAUUUGUAGGGUUGCAUCGAAUGUGAAAAAUUAUGCGAGUUCGGUGGAGACCAUUGUGAAUGAAAAGAAUUUUGAGAGGAUAUAUGUUCAGGGUGGCAAUGUAGGGAGAGAUGAAGAAUCUAGGGUAGAAGAUGAUGGUGGGAAUGUGAAUAAGGACAAUUCGAAAGGUUUGCACAAGGUUGAGGUGUUAAAUUGUGGUAAAGAAGAGUCCGUGGUUGAGAAGGAGGCAUGGAAGCUAUUGCAGAAUGCAGUUGUAUCAUAUUGUGGGAACCCAAUUGGGACCGUGGCAGCAAAUGAUCUGGCUGACAAGCAACCACUUAACUAUGAUCAGGUUUUCCUUCGGGAUUUUGUUCCGUCUGCUCUGGCUUUCUUGCUUAAAGGGGAGGCAGAGAUUGUGAGGAACUUCCUCCUCCAUACCUUGCAACUGCAGAGCUGGGAGAAAACAGUGGACUGCUACAGUCCGGGGCAGGGUUUAAUGCCAGCAAGCUUUAAAGUUCGAACUGUGCCUCUUGAUGAGAACAAGUUGGAAGAAGUUUUAGACCCAGAUUUUGGUGAAUCAGCUAUUGGCCGCGUUGCUCCUGUAGACUCUGGGUUGUGGUGGAUUAUUUUAUUGAGAGCUUAUGGCAAGAUCACUGGUGACUACACUCUACAAGAAAGGGUAGAUGUCCAAACGGGCAUAAAGCUUAUUUUAAACUUGUGUUUGUCUGAUGGAUUCGAUAUGUUUCCUACCCUCUUGGUCACUGAUGGCUCGUGUAUGAUAGACCGACGAAUGGGUAUCCAUGGUCACCCCCUUGAGAUUCAAGCCUUAUUCUACUCAGCUCUGAGGUGUUCCCGGGAAAUGCUCUCUGUUGACGAAGGUUCCAAGAAUUUGGUGAGAGCCAUUAAUGAUAGACUUAGUGCAUUGUCAUUUCACGUCAGGGAAUAUUAUUGGGUUGAUAUGAAAAAGAUCAAUGAGAUAUACAGGUAUAAGACAGAGGAAUAUUCCACAGAUGCCACUAACAAGUUCAAUAUCUACCCUGAACAAAUCCCUCAUUGGUUGGUGGAUUGGAUUCCAGAAAAGGGCGGUUAUCUGAUUGGCAAUUUACAGCCUGCUCACAUGGAUUUUAGGUUCUUUACGCUUGGAAAUCUCUGGUCCAUUGUUUCAUCUCUGGGUACUCCAAGACAAAACAAGGCUGUUUUGAAUUUGAUUGAGGCCAAAUGGGAUGAUCUGAUGGGGCACAUGCCUAUCAAGAUAUGUUACCCUGCUUUAGAAUAUGAAGAGUGGCGUAUAAUCACAGGCAGUGACCCAAAGAAUACCCCUUGGUCGUAUCACAACGGGGGAUCUUGGCCAACCCUUUUAUGGCAGUUCACAUUGGCUUGCAUGAAGAUGGGCAGACCAGAACUUGCUAGGAAAGCAGUUGAUUUGGCUGAGAAGAGACUUCCAUUAGACCGUUGGCCUGAAUAUUACGACACGAGGAAUGGAAAGUUCAUUGGAAAGCAAGCCCGACUCUACCAAACGUGGUCAAUUGCUGGCUUCUUGACAUCUAAAAUGCUGUUGGAUAAUCCAGAGAUAGCUUCGUUGUUAUACUGGGAGGAAGACUAUGAACUUCUGGAGAUCUGUGUUUGUGCUCUUCGGGACUCUGGACGGAUAAAAUGCUCCCGUGGCGCCGCAAAGUCUCAGAUUCUUGUUUAGAAACCUGAUGUAAAUUGUAGCCUCUGCUUCAGGAUAGGGAAAUAGAAAAUCAUAGCAAUUUUCUGCUUGGAAAAUUUCGACGGCAAGAUAUCUGUUUCGGUUUUUUUUUUCCCAACACGUUACUGUACAAUAUUCACUGGUUUGUUCUCCGAUCAAUGAAACAAGUUGAUCGGUGUUUUUGCUUCGAAUAAUUGUUUUUUUGAGACCCCAAAAAUAUUAAUUUGGGUCCUUGAUCAAUUGUAUGUGUUAUACCAUAUAUGAUACAGCAUUGGUUUUUCUUUGUUUUUCAUCUGUAAUGAAUCUCUUCAUGAUACUGUUUUUCUGGGCUUACUUUUCCAUUA